CGAGUAGAACAUAAUCAUUGCAAUAUAUGUGUUAAAAAUGAUAAACAACCUGAAUAUAUGGUGUCAGAAAGCAUUGAUCAAAGGCCUAAAGCCGCUCAGGCAGGUUGCUUCCAGUUAGAUAAGACACUAAGGCACCAAAUGUAUUAAAGACCAUAUAGCAAUGGUCCUAGGCAACCCAGCACCAAAGAACAAUAUAUCAUACCGCCCCGUAUAUAUACUAAUCAUAAUAAUCCACCACUAUCUACUGUCAUCUACUAUCAUACCGGAAAACUUUACAUCUAGUUCCUGAAACUAUAUCACAUAAACUUAGUGAACUAACAGCAUAUCCAAACCACGCAGCCAUGGAUACGAACAAGACAAUUUCAGAAGGUGAGAAUUAUACAUAAGCUAAGGCCUUCCUAGGGAAAUCGCUAAAGCCGUAAAGACGUCGCCCCGUGGGGAAUGGUCGAAAUUCGCCAGCUAGCUUCCAUCGGCGAAGCAAUAUUCGCGAAAGUUAACAUCUCCCGUGGAACGCGUAUUGCUGCCGAGACUCCACUGAUCAUAGUACCACCUAUCAAAUCUACCGGUGAAGAGCUAUGGGAGUUGUGCAAGGCCGCCGACGGAAUAACUAAUACCGAAUCCAAGGAGCUAGAAAAGUUACCUUGCAGCCCUAAAGUGGUAGAUGCUAUUAGAGAAGGAGGUUAUGUCGAUAACCGAGCAUGGUGCUUCUACAAGAGUAAGAAGCUGAAAAAUAACGACGGAAGAUUGCUCAAGGGGAGGAAACUGCGGAAAAUGGUUAACAAAACAAUCAAUCUCUGCAUCAUCUACCUCGUCAACAAUGUUCAGCUAGGACCUGGUGGAAAGUACGGCUCGGGUGUUUUCCCCCUAUAUACCCGGAUCAACCAUUCCUGCGUCCCUAACGCCUACAACUCUUGGAACCCAACUUUGGAGCGGUUGACUAUACAUGCGAUCCACGACAUCAAAGCCGGCGAACAGAUAUUCGUAGAUUACAUUGGCAAGACAUGUCGAACUCGCAACCAACGCGGCUUCUCAUUGUAUACCGCAUGGGGUAUCACUUGUAACUGCGCGGCCUGUACAGACGAUACACUUGACCAGUUACGGUAUCGCAUGGUAGUCCUCGAUCAAGCCCUAGCAGCAUACGAGUGCGGCAAGUCUGAAGAAGCACAUCUCGAGGGCAUUCCCAAGCUCGAGACACCCAAGCAAGCCCUCAACGCCGCAGAGGAGCUUGUAGAACUUCUCAAGAAACAACGGUUAUGUGGUAUGGAGCUCUGUAGAACGUAAGUACCUAACCUACCUAACCUAGGUAGUCUUUGGAAUUUAAGUCUUAGAUGUUCUGUUUUAUAAUACUUAGAGUGACGAUGAUGAUAUAGGCUUCGCGAAUGUUCGAGAUACGCGUUUGAGAGCGAGGAGAUUGAGAAGGCUUCGAAGUAUGCACAUAUGGAGCUGAAAUAUGAGGCGUUGCUUAUCGGUACGGAAACUCAGCAUCUCAAAGAGGAGCUCUAUGGCGCGAAAUAUUGGGUUGAAUACAUGGAGAAAGAAGUCAAGUCAUUUAUUUUCAACCUAUGAACUUAUGAAGGGUGGCUUCUGUUGUGGGGAUCAGGAUUAUGCUAAGAAUGCCAAGAGUAUAGAGCUGCAUAUAGAUAUGUAGUUU